UACGAUAAAAUAAUAAAGAUAAGAGUAUAAAUUUACAAGAUAAUUAAGAUCAUGGAGAACAACAAGCAAAUAUCUGAAUCGAAUUUAUACGAACCGAUGAUAAAUAAUGGUAAAUAUUCUUAUGAAGAUGAAUUUAACGGAAGUUCCAAAAAACCCUGGAAUUACACAUAUAGCAAGAUACAAAAGAUUGCUUCUAUAUGGUCUCCAAUCUCUUCCUCAUCAUCUGAAUCAAAUUGGCCGACAGAGAUGAAUAAAAAAUUUUCUUUCGAAAUGGAAGACUUUAACAGCACGGACAAUACCACGACAUAUUCUGAAUCUAUUACGAAUGACGACAAAUCUAUAUUAAGUGAUGAAGUUUUUAUGAAGAAGAUGAUAGAAUUAAUCAUAUUAAUGGAAGAACCAGAUACUAAAUUAAAUAAUACUUUUGAAGAAUCGAUUAAAAAUGAACUGAUUGUACCUCUACUAUUUGCAGAUAAAAAUGAAUUCCUUUCUCUGUUGCCUAGUUUUCCAAAUGAGAAUCAAUCGAUACAAAAUGAUUCUGAAAUAGAUUGGAACAUGUUUAAUGACGAAACACAAGAUAUACCGGAUCAAUUUCAUUGGUCACCAAAUGAGAGUAUGACGAAGAUGAUGAUACUCUUAAAGAUGCAAACUUAACUACCUACCUCAUUAACAUCGAAAUAUCAGAUGUUAGUAUGCGAAAAUAAAAUUGAUGAGUCUCUGUUAAUAGCAAUAAGGAAGAACAAAACAUCACUCAAGAUAACCAAUUUUUUCUCAUUGAAAUUACGUAGAAUGAUAAAAACAUUGAUAUUAAUUGUAUCGACAAGAAUGAAACUGAUGGAUCUAUCUAUAAUUAAAACCGAUAAAUAAACAACCUAAAGCCGAUGAAUUUACAAUUGCUAUUGAUAAAUUUAAAACUAAAACUGAUCGAUUUACGACUGAAACUGAUAAUGAGAUGAUGGAUAACAACUACAAUUCACGCAUCGACAGAAUACUAUGUACGGGCAAAAAUUAUGAUGAACCUGAAUCUAAC